AUGGUACUUUUGAGAAAAUCCAGCGUGCUCCGUUUCUACAAGAAGCACACGGAGUCUCGAAUGGGCAAUCCACUCCGUCGUUAUUUGUAUCACUACCUCAUUGGUAUCGGUGGGGUAGGCACCCUGAGUUAUUUCAUUUUGAUGUAUCAUUUGGCAGGCUGGGAGGCAAAAAAGCACGGCAACGCCUCUGGCUACUUUGUUUGCUCGCCCAGUAUGAUGGAUUUCUUCUGGAUGCUGCCGAUAAACCGCAUUUCAGACUUUUUCGGCAGCUUGUCGGAUGUGGGAACGCUUUCUCCGAGAGUGCAUCACGCACUCAUCAGCGCCCUCGUGUGGCUCUUCCAGAUCGAUCUUUCGGAGUCGCGUCAGGGAAGCUUUGAUUCACUGCAGGAUUUUUACACACGCGAGUGGAAGCCGGAAUGUCGUCCGAUAAACCGCGCCGCGGUCGGAAUCUCACCCUGCGAUGGUGUCAUCGUCGAACUGCUUGAGAAUAUCCCCGGUGAUGUGAUGUUUCGCGUCAAAGGCUACACGUACGGGGUUCGUUCGCUUUUCAGAUCCUACCCGCCGAGCGUUCCGGAGGGGUAUAAACGCGUCGCUGUGGUGAUUCGGAUGCGGCUUGCCGAUUUUCACCACGUCAUCGCACCUACCAGAUUUUAUUGUGAGGAGAGCGUGUACGUUCCCGGCGCCCUGCUUCCUACCACCGUGGCAGGCUAUCACUGGCUCCCGGGCGUUCUUGCGUUAAAUGAGCGUAUUGUGGUGCGUGGAAAGUGCGCUGACAAUGUGGGAAAUGUUUUUUUGGCGAUGGUUGGAAGCACCCUGACGGGGAAAAUGAAGUUGAGCUUUGACGAACGUGUUCGGACAAAUUUCCUAGAUCCACCGGAUUACGCCGUCUUUUCAAAGUACCGUGUGAAGCCGCUGCUCGCGGUGGGCAGUCCGGUGGGGGUUUUCCUCUGGGGGUCCUCCCUCGUGCUGAUGAUGGACGUCCCCAACAGUGCGAAGUUUCAACCCAAACGUGGUGAUAUCGUGAAGGCUGGCGAAGCCCUUUGGAUCUAG